AAUUAUUGUUUGGUUAUCUUGUAGUAAAAUAAUGGACAUCUCGUAAGUAGUUAACUAAAUGAAAACCAAUAAAUAGCAAUCACAGAUUAGGUUUAUCGCGGAUAACACAGCUUCAAAGUUGGGAAGAAUAGCAAUCGAUCAACCUCCACUUUCGACAUUGUUCCUCUCUCUCCACACACAACGAUAACAUGCCUCUAACGCAGGAGGAUAUCGAAGGUGCAGUACCAAUUGACCGUGCAGCAAUCCUACUCUCGCCGGAUGAGCUGGAAAAAAGCGGACGGAAGGUCAAGCCUUAUGCAUUGAUUAUCCUCAAUCAGCCGAUCAAUGAUUUGGCUAUGCUGAAGCGGGUCUGGGAUAACGCAACCGUUCGAGCUUGCGCAGAUGGUGGUGCAAACAGACUCUUUCAUGCACUCGACAAAUCGUCUCGUCAGAAAUUCAAGCCGGAUUUCAUCGCAGGCGACCUUGACUCACUCAUGCCCGAGAUAAGAGAAUACUACGAAUUUGUACUAUCCGUGCCUAUUUACCAUUCGCCAGACCAGUACUCUACCGAUUUUGGGAAAUGCCUGGUCCAGCUCAGCGUCAUGAAUCCCGCCGAACGGUUAGCUAUCGUUGCUCUUGGCGGCACAGGAGGUCGCGUGGACCAGGAGUUCCAUUCAUAUCACACUCUUUUCACGCACGAAGUCAUGGCAACGGCGGAAGACGAUUCGGAUCCUACGAAACGGCGCAGAGAGGUCACUCUGCUCUCCGACGACAGUUUAACGUUCCUUGUACCGCAGGCGGACGAGAAGCCACUGACCGCUAAGAUUUUUACACCGAGGUCAGUGGUUGGACCUACAUGUGGUCUUAUCCCGAUCUUGGGACCGUCGGUGAUCUCGAUCAAAGGCUUUACGUGGGAUGUCGAGGAUUGGCCUACUAGCUUUGGUACUCAAGUCAGUACUAGCAAUGCUAUGGAGGGCGAUGAGGUCUACGUCAAGAGCGACAAGACGCUCAUAUUUACCUUGGAAGUUAGACGGUAGUGGUGCAGUUAUACAUAUAGAUAUAAAUUGGUUAUCUGAACAUCAGUCUUGGUAAAAUAAGCAAUACAACAA